AUGUCUGGUGCAGCUUCAAAUAUCUUCACUGCUCCCCCAUGCUCGGCCACAGCACAGCCUACACUGCCUAGGCCUAAUUUUGACCCCUCAGUUUUCACCUUCCAAACACCCACCUUCCAAAUGGAACCUCCUCGGUUUCCCACUUAUACUUAUUCUCAGCCGCCCCAAUUUGAGUUCACUGCAGGGCAAGAAAAGACUACCAAAACUCCUGAGCAAGAAGAAAUUGCGAGAAAGAUGAGGAGUAUGGAACAAAGCCUCAAGAACAUACAAGGCUUGAGUGGGCAGAAAAGUGUGUCUUAUGCUGAUUUAUGCAUGUUCCCUCAUCUGCGAGGAGCCGGUGGAAAGGAAGAACUCCUUAUGGCCUAUUUCGGAGAAAGUCUGGUUGGCAUCGCAUCUGAAUGGUACAUGGACCAAGACAUAUCCCGCUGGCAAAUCUGGGACGAUCUUGCUAGAGAUUUCGAAAAGACUCCCAAAACUCCCGAACAGGAAGAAAUAUCAAGGAGAAUGAGAAGCAUGGAGCAGAGCCUCAAGAACAUACAAGGUCUGAGUAGGCAGAAAAGUGUGUCCUAUGCUGAUUUAUGCAUGUUCCCUCAUGUGCACUUACCGUUGGGAUUCAAAACUCCCAAGUUUGAAAAGUACGAUGGGCAUGGUGAUCCUAUUGCUCAUCUCAAGAAAUACUGCAAUCAGUUGCGAGGAGCCGGAGGAAGGGAAGAGCUACUCAUGGCCUAUUUUGGAGAAAGUCUUGACGACCUUGCCAGAGACUUUGUCAGACAAUUCCAGUACAAUAUAGACAUUGCUCCAGACAGAAACUCAUUGACAAACCUGAAAAAGAAGUCCUCGGAGAGCUUCCGGGCAGUUAAGUGGCGUGAGCAGGUAUCGAGAGUAAAGCCUCCGAUGGACGAGGUCGAAAUGGUCACAGUGUUCCUCCAAGCUCAGGAAGCCGACUACUUCCAAAACAUGAUGUCAGCUAUGGGUAAACCGUUCGCGGAAGCUAUCAAAAUCGGUGAAAUGAUGGGUUUGCUGCAUCCCGUACCCCCAAAUAGGCAAAACCCAGAAUCACCCUCCUACCAGCGGGGCACCCGAUGCGCUUAUCACUUAGGAGCUGAGGGGCAUGAUACAGAAAACUGUUGGACUUUGAAAAGAGCCGUGGAGGAUUUGAUAGAACAGAGGAAGAUAGUGCUAAGGGACGAGGAUAUCCCCAAUGUGACCAACAACCCACUGCCGGCCCACAACAACGGGUCGGUAAUCGGAAUGAUUUGUGAGGAUAAGGAAUUUGACCCGGCGUUGAAGGCCAUCAUUGCCAUUGCUGAUAAAACUGAAGCAGGAACUGGGGCAACGCCCGCCAAAGAUGUUGUUCUCUAUGUCCCUCGAGGCCGCAAGGAAAAGCAGAUGACUUUGAGUCCUCCCAGGAGAUUUGAACUGAACAAGGCAACCCAGAUGUAUGUUCCCAAGGGAGCUUAUGUGAUGCGGGGGCCAAUUAAUCCACCAAGGUUGAGUGAGCCCGUGGUUAUUGGCCGCGCGCCACAGAAGCCCAUGACAGAUCCUACCGCGGUGCCUUGGAACUACUAUAAAUCAGUGGUGACGUAUAAGGGCAAAGAAAUCUCAGGAGAGGUUCGAGAAAAUUACCCUGUUGAAAAGUACUCCAAUUUGGAAGAAGUGAACAACGCCACUAGAAAGCACUUCCCAUCUAAAAGACCCGUGAGUGACGAAGAGGCGGAAGCUUUCUUUCGAAAAAUGAAAAUGGCGGAUUAUGAAGUGAUUGACCAGCUUCGGAAAUUUCCUGAACAAGUCUCCUUGCUAUCUUUGUUGAUGAAAUCCCCCGAACACCAGAAGGUAUUAAUCAAGACCCUCAAUGAAGCAUAUGUGCCUGCUGAGACUUCUGUAAAGCAAUUAGAGAGAAUGGCAGAAAGAUUUUUCGCAAUCAACCAGAUCUCAUUCAGCAAAAAUGACUUGCCCCCAGAAGGGGCCGCACAUAACAAAGCCCUGCACCUAACAGUCAAAUGUGAAGGGUACUACGUGAAAAGAGUUAUGGUGGACGGAGGCUCUGGGUGGACAUCAGCCCACUCUCAACUCUACAGCGCAUGGAAAUUGGGACCGAAAGGAUUCGUCCCACCAAUGUCUGCGUACGAGCCUUCGAUGGUUCUAGACAUGGACACAUCCUAUAACUUUCUUUUGGGGAGGCUAUGGAUCCAUGCAGCUGGGGUUGUACCCUCCACUCUUCAUCAAAUGGUAAAAUUCGAGCAUGAGGAUCAAGAGAUUGUGGUCCACGGGGAGGAUGAGCAAUCAAUUUAUCGGGACCCAUCAGUCCCAUGUCUUGAAGCGAGAGAAGGGAGUGAGCAUAUAGUUUAUCAGGCCUUUGAAGUUGUGGUGGCAGACCAAUUUGCUGGUUUCUGGACUUUCUCACCUGCAGAGGGGAGACCGCAUCUACGGAGGGUAGCUCGCAGAUGCGGCCCUGGUCUGGGUAGCCAGUGGUCGGAGGUGCAAAAAAGUGACCGCAGAAGCGGAGCCGCUCAUGCGGAGAAGCGAUUGCAUAAGCAAAGGCCGAGCUGGGAAGGUUAUCGCAUAAGCGGACAGGGAUCCCCAGGUGCGCACACGGAGGUGCGGCCACCUGAUCGCAGAAGCAGACUAUUGGCUGUAAGUGGAAUUUUGGACUUUGAGAGCUCAGUGUAA